UUCUGAAGCCUAUAGGACAUUAGUGGGUGCCCAUUAGGGGCCAGGAGACAGCACCUCCUAAAUGGCUCAUUUACUCAACACGUACUGAGCACGCACUAUGUGCACAGUAGUGUUUUGAGAUCUGAGCGUCCCAUAGUGAAAGAGACAGAAAAAAACUCUGCAUUAGCCUGAUAAGACAGGGAGAUAUGUGGUAGUGGUCAUUGCUCACAAAAACACAUGCACACACUACAAGCACAGGCACACACACACGCUACACAUAUAUACACGAACACGAACAUACCAACACAUGCUCAGGAAACAGACUCACAUACACAUAGUUACACACUCUGCAAAUAUGUAUUUGUCAAAAAUACACACACAUACAAACACAUUCUCCGCAAACAUAGACUCACACACAAACACAUACACAUUGCAAAUAUGCACUUAGCAAACACAGACACACUGAAUCCUUUACCAACACAUUAACACAGAAUGCAAACACAAAAUCAGCAAAUACAGACACACACAAACACAUAUACACAUCAACUCACACUCUGCAAAGACACACGUAUGCAAACACGGUAGUGUUAGAAAACACAGAUAUACACACACGCAGUGAAUACAGACAUACAGACAACAUGUACAAACACUCAACAAACACAAUCAUACCAAACCAAUCUCAGCUCAGCUACACACAAACUCUCCUCCAGCACACACAGUAUCCUCCCUACACAACACGUGAACACACACACACACACACUCACAUAUCCACUGCAGGACUGUUCCUCUCACCGACUCUCCCACUAUAAUGUCAGCUCUGUGAGGCUGAGAUAUUCAUUUCUUGGUCACUACUUCAUCCCCAGGACCUGGCACACAACAGCUGCUCAACAAACAUUUGUUGAAUGGAUGGAUGAAUUGAGGGAAUGUUUGUAAGAAACUUGCAUUCACAGAAACUGCAGAGAAACACACACAUACGUUUCGGAUGCAGACACAUACUCUCUCCACACACAUAAACACCCCUUUGUGUUCACUAAUGGUCAACAUUCAUGGCCAAAAACCUUUAUCCACUGACUUAUCCACAACAUUGUCACAGGACAGCCAGCCUAAUCCUGCUUCCCCGUCCUUCACAUUUAUUAUAUCUGACUCAAUUGGACACACUUGGCUUGAGAUACAUACAGGUCUCCUUAGCCAGAUUUUGCACACACACAUACACACACACACACACACACACACACACACAAAACCACUCAACCAAGACUCACACAUACCAUACCCUCACCCAACAAACACACAUGCUUUACGCACACACAGCCAUACAAACACACUCUCAUCCAACACAUAUACACACAGAUUGAGCUUAAACCACAAUCUCAACAUAAUGCUCAGUGCAAGGAUAUAUACACAGCAGUCCCAGGGCCACCGGCCUUUGGUCAGCUGGGGCAGGGGGUGGGGCCAUGGGAAACUCCUCCUCUGCGUCAGACCACACCCCCUCUGGCUGUCACUCUUUCUUGCACUUGACCCUGAGGUGUCUCAGCAGCGCCCUAGACCUCAGUUCACUUAACAGCUUACUCUUAUCUCAGGUGGACAUGGCCUGCAGGGGCCACACUCGACCCAGGGGCCUGCCCUGGGCCCUAAGACUGACCCUGGUGUGGAUCCUGCUGGGGUUCUGUGGAGGGAGCCGCCCACUCCCAGCUCUGUCCCGGAGACACCAUAGGCUGGCGACCGAUUUCGGCACAGUCCAGCUGCACCUUGCGGAGAUGGACACGCCAGAGGCAUCGGACCCUGGGGCGGUCCCAGAACGCUGUGGGGAGCCGAGCCCUGGGUGCGAAUCCUUCCUGGGACAUCUCCAAGCUGCCCUCCAGAGUCGCUUCCGCCUGCUGUUAUUGGGGAUACGCCAGACGCAGCCGCUCUGUUCUGAGCUCUGCGAUGUCUGGUUUGCCACCUGCGAAAGUGAUAUUACCUGCGGCCCAACUUGGCUUCCAUUCCCAGAAAAGAGGGGCUGUGAGCCUGGCUGCGCUACCUAUGAGCAGACCUUUGCCGAUGGGGCAGACCUUUGCCGCUCAGUCCUGGGCUACGUGCUGCCGGUAGCAGCUCCUGGCGCAGAUCACUGCCUCAACAUUUCCAUCUCGGUACUGCCGGGUCGCAGACACGAACGGAGGGCCCGGGAAAUCAGUUUCCCGCGGUCCCGCCGCUCCCGCACCUGGAUCCUGGAUGCUGCGGGCAGCGGGAGUGGUAGUGGAAGCGGCAGCGGCCCCUAGGGGGCGCUGGGCCUUGGAUGGAAGAUGUGUCCCUUCUCCCCACCCGGCCCAAGACACCCAGAGCGCCACCCCUCUCCCUCUCCGCUUUCUAGUUUCCAAAGACCUGUCCCUCCUUCUGGAGUCCCAGAGACUAGCCCUUCUCCAGGUUAUUAGAGAAAUAGCCCAACUCUAGCUCAUUUUCCCCUCUUCCCCCACUGAAUAAAGUCGCCAGCUCGAAAGCA